AUGGCCGACGAGUCUGGGAAGAACCAUUGCUCAGGCCAUGAAAAGAUGACGGUGAACAUCUCCGUGGACGGGCCGGUCUUCUGGACCCGACAAGUGGCCUACAUCUACCUCUGCUCGUGCCAUUUUGAUGAACAUGAGGGUCCCCUCAUGGCGUUGAUGAAGAAGUUUGAAGAGCGCGUGGAACGGGUAUGCAUGGUCGAUAAUCCGGUGGAUUUUCCCUUCUUGCCCGACAGCCUCUUCCGAUACAUGGCGGCUUGUAUGCCGCGGCUUCAGUUCAUCUACAUGCGAGAGCUCGACUUGGAGAAAAUCAACCGAGGAACGGUCGUUGAGUUUGCGCAGCAUAAAGCUUUGAAGAAGCUAAUUGUGCACAUGUGCCGAAACUACGAGGUCCUCGAAGAUUUCAGCCAGCUCCCACAACUCCUCGUCGUCAAGGGCGAAAUUAUGGGCCUACGAGCAAUGAUCGGCGACUUCGAGCAAGCGGAAGCCAAGCGAUCCCCAGGCUCCGACGGCGAGAAAUCCUCCACCGCCAGCUCCGAAAAGGGCUCCGAGCUCGACCUCACCGAGAUCCGAACCGCCCUCGAAGUUGCUGACGGGCAA